CAAAUUACGAAAAAGGGCGAAAGACCCAAAGAGAAGCAUAAAACCAAGAAGAAUCUACCAAGGGUAAUUCAGUCAUAUUGACAAUUCCGAUCGGUGAACCGCCAUUCCGUCGGCAUCCAAAUUCAAAACCGAAACGGUAAAAAAGUUCAAAAAUAUUCAAUUCCCUUCCUCUUUCAGACAAACGCUCCUACAAAAUCACAUACGAAAAAAAUUCAAAGGAGAUUCAAACAAUGGAGUCGAGAAAACGGAAGCCCAAUUUAAAUUCUCACCCUCCUUCUUCUCCACUGCAAAAUCCGAAUCCACCACCAUCUUCGAUCUUCAGAGACAUUUCGAAUUUCAAAACCCCCAAACAUCCAUCCAGAACUCCAUGUUUCCAGAGCUCUCCCCAGUUCUUCACCGCCAGUAAGAACACCCCACAGUCGUCUCUGCGGCGCGGCUGCAAGACCUCCGCUCUGAAAUCUAAGGCGGCCCGUAGAUUGAAGGCCUUUGAGCUCGAGCAGUCCAAGUCGGCGCGGAAGGCUCAGUCCGAGAAGGAAAAAUCGCUCAAGUCGCUUGCGAGAUCGCUCACCGUGUGGCUCAAUUUCCUGUUGGAAAACCCUAGUUCGUGUGGCUGCGAUCCGGCGAACUUUACCGGAGAAAUUGUUGCUUCCGAUUUGAGAUUAGGUGAUGGGGCGAAGGAAGUGUUUGGUAAUUAUGGGAAGAGGGAGGGCGGGUCGGGCCGUAGGGUGGGAGUUGACGGGCCGUGGAGAGGCCCGAAGAGACAGAGAGAGAUGGGGAAUGAUGAGUUGGGAAAGAAUGUAUUUUCGGAUUCAAUGUUUUCGGGUUUGAGGAAUUCGUUGCAGGAGAUAUGCAGUUUUGUGGAUUUGAAGGAGAGGAUGAGGAUGUAUGUGACCUUGGAUAGCUUUAAAGAUAUUUUCGAAGCAAUGACUCAAGUAGCUAAGAACAUUGAUGAAGGACGGUUGAAAAUGAGGGCAAGUUGUCCUAUAGUUAGUGAUGUAGGGAUGAAGGAGAAAGCCAUUAGAAUUCUCAUGAGCUAUAACCCAAUUUGGCUCCGAAUCGGCUUAUACAUAAUCUUUGGUGGUGACUCCUUGUUGCCAAAUGAUGAUGUCAAUAAUGAGCAAGAAAAUGCAUUCUUGAGGAUGGUUCUUGAUAAGCAGUUUUUUUCACACUCUGGUUUAGCUAAAGCACAUGCUUAUAACAAGCUGGUUGAGGGUUUAUACAGGCCAGGUUAUUAUGAGAAGUUAGGGAAUGUCCUAUUGAAGAGAUUUUUGUUGCUUGUUAUCAUAAUUGAUAGAGCCAAGUCUCAGACAAGUAUUCCCCUUAAAUAUGGUAUUGACGGACUGGACGGUGGAUCACCUCCUUUGUUUUCUUCAAAAUCUAAUAUUAAAUCAAGCCGACAACUGAUUAUUGAUUUUUUAUCUUCUGAUGUAAUGCAUGGAGAAGGCAAUCUUCUAGCGCAUCUUGUGAUUGUUGGAUACAAAGUAACUUACCAGCAAAGUCCAUUGGUUGAGUAUGACUUCAAAGUCACUGAUGUAUUCGAAGAUCUUCGAGAUGGUGUCCGAUUAUGCAGAGCCAUUGCACUCUUAAAACAUGAUGCCUCCAUUCUAAUGAAAGUGGUGGUUCCAUCUGAUACUCAAAAGAAGAGUAUGGUUAAUUGUGGUAUUGCACUGCAAUAUCUAAAGCAGGCUGGUAUACCAUUACUUGACGAGGAUGGAACAGAAAUCAUUGCAGAAGAUGUAGUUAAUGGUGACAAAGAGCUUACUCUUUCCUUACUUUGGAAUAUGUUUGUUCACCUACAGUUGCCCCUCUUAAUCAACAAAACACUUUUAGCAGAAGAAAUUUCAAAUAUCCGUGGAACAGCAGUGGUGGAGAACACAAGCACCCAGAUGCUUCUGGAUUUGCUGCUUAGUUGGAUCCAGGCAAUUUGUGAAACGUACGAGCUUAAGGUUGAUAAUCACUCCUCCUUGUUGGAUGGAAAAGCAAUGUGGUGCUUGCUUGAUUAUUAUUUUCGCAAAGAACAUGAUUGUUUAUGUUCUUUUAAGAAUCCAGACGGGACAAAGACAGAGAUUUCUAUCAUGUCGGCAAUCGAGUAUACAGAUGCAGUGCACAAUUUCAUACUUUCUCAAAAGCUAACAUCUUUGUUAGGGAACUUCCCAGAGGUUCUACAAGUCAGUGACAUUCUAGAACACAAUGGUGCAUGUAAUGGACAAAGUGUAAUUGUCCUCUUGGCAUUUCUGUCAGUUCAACUACUUGUAAAAAGAAAUAUGGAUAAGCUGAACUUUCAUAAAUUGCUUGGUUUCAGUUGCCAGAAUCCAAACAACCAGCAUUUAAGUACAGAGUGGAACAAUGAGAAAGAUCCUACUAGAAAUUUUAAGGCUAUCAUGUCGUGGUGGCAAGACAUGGCUCAUCAGAAUGGCAAGUGCAGUUCAAAACCAGCUGCAUUUUCUGUACAACGCUCCUUAAACGACAAAAGGGACAGCUCUGUUCAAAGUGAGAAUGCUGCAACAAUAAUACAGUCACAUUAUAGGCGAUUCGUACUACGCCGGAAUUAUAUGAGAAUAACAAAUGCGGCUAUAGUUUUGCAAAAUAUCGCAUUGGCUUGGUUAUCGGUGAAAAAGCCUACGAAGGAGCUUAGAGCAAGAGCUAGGGGGAAGCACUUGGAAGAGUUUGGAAUGUAUGUUACGUUUAUGGCUGAUAGGCAUUACUUUGUCAACUUAAAGAAGUCAACCGUAGUCAUUCAGCGAGCCAUAAGGGCAUGGAUUGCUCAGAGACAUUAUAAUGAAAGUGUCUCUCAUAAUCAUGUGCAAAAUCCAGAUUUCAUCAAUGCUGCCAUUAUCAUACAGAAGUGGAUCCGUGGAUGGAAGGUGAGGUCUGUUUAUGCUCAAAGGGUCACAACUACAGAGAAAUGUUUGUCUGUGGAAAAUAUCCAGACAACAGCAGCAAUCAUAAUUCAGCAAUCUUGGAAAGAGUAUGUCUUACGAAAAUCUAUCCGAAAUAAGCACUUUGCUGCAACCGUAAUCCAGAGUCAUUAUCGUGGUUCGUUUGUGAGAAAGGGUGUUGCAUAUAAGAAGCAAGCAGUAAUAAAAAUUCAAAGGAGUUUUCGGUGUUUGAGGAGUAGAAGGGAUUUCCGGAUACAGCGAGAGGUAAAUGCAUCGGCAAUUAUCAUUCAAUCUCAUUUUCGUGGAUGCAUGGCUCGUAGAGAAGCUCACAGGGAAAAAAAUCUCUUGAUUAUGAUACAGAGCUUCUGCCGCGGUUGGCUUCAAAGGAAGGAGCUCAUAUUGCGAAAGGAUGCUGCUAUAAAAAUCCAAAGUGCUUUCCGUUGUAUGAGCUGUCGCGAGGCAUUCAUAUCUCAAACCAUUGCUGCAAUUGAUAUCCAACGCUUUGUCAGAGGGGAGACCACUAGGAAAAGGCUUAUAGGAGCUUUCUGCUCUGGUAAGGAGGCCAUAAUGCAUACCUUCCAUGGUCAUGAAAUGAAAAUAUUCCUGCAAUCUGUUGUGAAGCUGCAAAGAUGGUGGAGGUAUUAUAUAAUACAAGUUAGAGUGAAAACAAAGUCUGCAGUGGUGAUUCAAUCACAUUUUCGGGGAUGGAUGGCAAGACAAAGGGCUAAGAGAGAAAGGCAGAGCGUGGUUGUGAUUCAAUCGUGCUGGAAAGGUUACCUUGCACGAAAAGACGCAAGAAGUCAGCUCAUUGAUCUGCGCAUGAGAAUGCAAAAAUCUGCUGCAAACGCUGAUGAUAGCAGGCGUCUAAUAAACAGGCUUAUUGCAGCACUCUCGGAACUUCUCAGUAUGAAAAGUGUUAGUGGCAUUUUGCACACUUGUGCAACUUUAGAUGUGGCCACAGAACUUUCACAAAAAUGCUGUGAAGAGCUUGUUGCUGCUGGAGCAAUUGGCACAUUACUGAAAUUAAUCCGCUCCGUGAGUCGUAGCAUACCCGAUCAGCAAGUUCUAAAGCAUGCACUCUCUACACUUAGGAACCUGGCCCGCUAUUCAAACCUCGUUCAAGUAUUGGUUGAGAGUCCACAAUGUGUCGAAAUUGUUGUGUUGGAGUUCAUAAGAAACAAAGAAGAGGGAUACUUCAUUGCAUCUGAAGUGUUGAAGAAAAUAUGUGCGUGCGAGAAAGGGGCGAAGGCUAUUCGCAAGUCACCGGCUCUUUUGAAGAGGUUGAACAAUCUUGUGGAAGAACUCGCCAGGAAGUCCAGGAACUCGAGGAACUUGGUGGGAAGAGAAACUGCGGAGAGAAGGUUGAGAGAAGUUGUCGAGCUCCUCAAACUCGUUACAAACGCCUAAGGUAAAAUCGGCUGCAGGUGUAUUUUUCUUUUCCCCCUUUUUGUAUUGUAUAUAAAUUCAGCCAUGGAAAUGAAGAGAAUUUGUUAUUAGCAGUUAUUUGAGUGUAGUGGGAUUAAAUUGGAAAAAACAAUCCACGUUUUUUCUACAUUAAUUGAGUUGAUUUUCCUUAA